AUGGCUGAUGUGAAAGAAGGAAAGCCUGUAACAGAUGCGUUCAAAAGUGUUUGGGAUAAUCAGUCAGGGUUAAAGAAGAGCCAGGAUGGAGGCGUGUGGCCUAGGAUCGAUCAGAUGAUUGUGAGACAGCUGGUGAAAGCAGAGAUGUGUCUGUUCAAUGUAUUCUGGCACCCUCCAAACUUUGAAACAGAAUUUGGGUCUAAGCUCAUGGAGAACUUUUUGGUUGCUAUAAAUAUUGUUAGCCACAUUGAUGAAAGAUCCUUAGAUGCUUUUGAAGAUGUUACUCAUCAUCUCUUAACAGUGCAGAAUAAGACUGAGAUCUGCUUGCUAGAUCAUGUGAAACUUCAUUCCCUAGGAAAGGAGUUUUCUGUUCAGGAAGACAGUAUGCAGCAGUACAGAGAAUGCCAGGAACUUUUGAGCCUUUAUCAGAAGUACCUAGCUGAGCAGCAGGAAAAACUAUCGCUUUCUCUUUCCGAACUCAGUGCUGCUAAGGACAAGGAGCAGAAGGUAUCCAGUAAGAAGAGCUCAUACCAACAACCAUCUCUGGAGCUAGAUGGUUCCUACUUGGGUACUGGGGGACCUCAGACUUUUUAUAAGAACAGUAGAGCAUCAAAGGCUGGAAGCCCAGCCCGUGUUGCAUUGUCUCAGCCUUGCAGGAAUAAUGACAAUUACGGGACUGAAAUCCAUUACAACCAUCAGGAGUGUCUGAAGGAACAUCCGGUAGAAAAUGGCUUGCACAGAAAGUGUAAUAAUAUGAUUUCCCCAGCCAAGCAGAGGAGCCCUCACCGUGUAAAACCAGCUCAGGAGAUGGAUCAGAAAGCAAAUGAAUUUCAGAGCGCAUGCCCUCAGCAAGCGAGUCACGGUUGUGCCUGCAGGCAUGCAGGGAGCUCAGGGAGCGUGCGAGGGAGCCACCAUGUCAGCCAGGUGCUUAGAAGACACUCCGGGCCAGUUCAUAAAACUUGUGAUUGUUCUGGGCACGCUCGAAUUUCCAGGCUGAAUGACAGUGUGGACUCCGGGCCUAAGGAAACAGAGCAGGCUAAAAGGUUGUAUGAAGAAAGAAGGCAGAAGCUGCUUCUGCAGAAAAUGGAGCUGGAAAUUGAAAAGGAACGACUCCAACAUUUGUUGGCUAAGCAAGAAGCAAAGCUGCUGCUAAAACAACAGCAACUACACCAAUCCCGAAUGGAUUAUAACAGGUUUAGAGGCCAUGUACCUGGUUCAGAAGAUGUGCCUGUUGAUGAAGCACCUGGAGAACUUGCUCUGAUGAUCAACGGCAACAGCAUGGGGCUAAGUGUGCCAUUAUGGUUUUUUCAUUAUCGAAGUCAGCAGGCGUUGUCCAUCUCGGCCUCUUCAGAUGAGCCCG